CCGAUGGCGCCGCCGGGCGACGUCGAAGCCACGCCGCCGGAGCAGCCGGCGCUCCAGGACGAGCUCCUCGAGGAAAUCCUCCUCCGGCUAACCGAGGCCGCCGACCUCGCCCGCGCCUCGACGGCCUGCCCCACCCUGCGCCGCGUCAUCACCGCCCACUCCUUCCUCCGCCGCUUCCGCACCCUCCACCCGCCGCCUCUCCUCGGCAUAAUUUCCGCCACCUUCCGCCCGGCCCAGCAUCCCCAUCCCUCCGCCGCCGCCGCUCGCGCCUUCGCCGCCGCGGAGGUCGAUUUCUGGUGCUCCUUCCUCCCCUCCGUCGAGCAGCGAUGGCGCCACCGCGACUUCCGUGACGGUCGCGCCCUCUUCUCUGGCAUCCCUGAGGGGAGCAGCUACGCUCCCGGCGAUUACGAUCCCCGCGACUUCGUCGGGGAGUUCGUUGUCUGCGAUCCCCUGUACCGGCGCUACCGUCUGCUACCUCCCAUUUCCGACGAACUAGCGGUGCUAGUUCAUCAGCCGGAUAUCGUCAACUUCGAGCCCUUCCUUGCUCCUCCUGGCGAUGUUGAAGACCCUACUUCAUUCAGAGUAAUGUGCCUGGCGCAGUGCACAACCAAGCUGGUCCUCUUCGUCUUCUCUUCGGGUGCCGGCGAAUGGCAUGCUGUUACAUUUGACGGCUGGAUCGCUUUGGUGACAAGUCCUGGCAACCAGGUUCCAGACGCUCACUUGACAUGGGCCUCAGAGCGCUACUAUGUGCACAAAUGCUUCUGUUGGGCUGUUUCUCCGUCCAACAAGUUGCUCAUGCUUGACACGCGCACGAUGGAGUUCUCUGCUGUCGACCUCCCACGUCAACAUGUCCCCGGCCAGAUGAUCCCAAUGAUGGCUUUUGUAGAGGCAGGGGAAGGAAGGCUUGGGAUGUUUACUCUCAUGAAUCGAAUUGAUAAUGAUAGGUAUUUCCUUCGCUAUACCAAGUUGCAAAAAGAUGGAGAUGGUGCAAACAAAUGGCAUCCGGUGGCGAUAAUCUCCUUGCCCUUGGGUUACCGAUAUACGAUCAUGGAUGUAGCUGGGGGAUACUUACUCCUGCAAGGGAUUCCAGAAAACCUGCAUUCGGCCCCUUUGCCGGAAAGACCAGAUUUGGACUGUUUUUCACUGAAUCUCCAGACAUUGCAGCUUGAGUGGUUCUGUGCAAAUAAGUACAUGAUUGGGGGUGCCCCUCUGUAUGCUGGUUUCCCACCAUCCUUGACGCCACCAACUGUUUGAAGUGGUCUCAAAGGCAGAUGUUUCAAUUACGUCUAACAGCAGUGGCUUCUCGUUGGAUCGAAUGCAGGGCAUAAUUUGCAUACGGAGGCUUAUUUUGUAAUGCAUGGAUGGCGGUUGCACUGCAACUAUAUUUGGCUAGUUCACUUAGACUGGCUGUUUUUCUGUUCUUUUGAUGGCAUAUAUCAAGUAAUGAAGCAAUGCUCCCUUUUGCCUGGGCAUGUGCGCGAACCGUGCGUUAUAUACAAGCCUGCAUGUACGGAUGUGUAUGCAAAUACCUUCUGUUAGAUAUACUUUUUUCUUCUUCUGAGAAUCAUGAGCUGUGCUUGUUCCGACAUCGGACGCAAAAGUGAUGAUGUUUUAGCCCUCAGUGUAGCUACAGUGUUACUACCUCUGUACCAUAA